AUGUUCACCAUUCGCAUCACACCCUUUGUCUCCCUGCUCGCAUUAUCUUGGCUUGCCACCACAACACGAGUCUUGCAGACUGAAAAUCAAUGGCUCGCCACCGUGGAGGCAAGAUCCUUCGACCAGUUGGAUGUUGGGUAUGGGGUGCGACACCUAGACAAUAGAGAUAUCGACUUGCACGACCAGGAUGAGCUCCAUGAACGAGAAACGGACGAAGACUCUUCUUGGCUGGAACUGCGCACUCCCCCUGACCCGGCUGAGCCGGAGAAGGCCGCUGAGCAGUUAGUGAAAGAGCAUGAGAAGACCGCUGAAUAG